GUAGAGAACGAAGCAUGUCGGAUCUGAAUGCGAACGAGAACGAAAGGGAAGCAAACCCGAGUGCUUCCGACGUAUUACGAGCAGUUGCACAUCAAUUAAUUGAUGACCUUGUGCAGAAUCCCACGGGUCGCCAGCGUAAUUUCAAUGAAGGGGGUUGUACUGUUGAGCAAUUCAAUCGAAUGCACCCUCCUUUAUUUGAUGGGAGAGGCGAUCCAACUUUGGCGGAGGAUUGGAUUCAGGACAUUGAGGAGAUUUUGCAAGUCCUAACCUGUACUGAGGAGCAAAAGGUGGCAUACGCCACAUUCAAGCUUACUGGGGAAGCGAAGAGGUGGUGGAUCUCUGAAAGGACCAUCAGAGAAGCAGAGGGGACAGAGAUAAUCAGUUGGCUGCACUUCAAGCAGAUCUUUCUAGAGCGCUUCUUCCCUAGCUCAUUCUGUGAGGACAAGGCUAUGGAAUUUGCCACCUUGGUUCAGGGAACAAUGACGGUACAUCAGUAUGCUGCUAGGUUUACUGAGUUAUCCCGUUUUGCUACUUAUCUGAUUCCCGAUGACGAAAAGAAGGCACGCAAAUUUGAGCAAGGACUGAAUGAGAAAUUGUAUGUGCGUGUGGUGGGUUUCCAGAUUCGGAACUUCUCAGAAUUGGUGAAUAAAGCAACAGUUUUUGAAAGAACUCUUCAAAGAAGUGCUGCGUUGCAUGAACAGAGGAAAAUGACUACUCCUACUGGGUACCAGUCUGGCAUGGACCAGGGACCAUGGAAAAGGAGGAGUGAAGGUAGUAGUUCAGGAAAAAGACCGGUUCAGAGUAAUCAACAGCCCUACCAGUGUAGGACAUGCAAUCAAGUGCACUCCGGAGAGUGCAGAAAAGGGGCGGGAUUGUGUUUUCGUUGUGGCAAAUCAGGACACUACAUCAGGGAUUGCCCAAUGCAAAAUAGGAGCAACCAGACGUUCAUACCGCCACCUCAGAGGAAUGAUGUAUCAGCCCGGGGCAGCAAUCAACGUCCUACUGCGCCUGCUCGAGUCUUUGCACUGACACCUGGAGAGGUUGAGGGUAGGAAUGACGUGAUCACUGGCGACGAGAUUGAUAGAGGUCAAUUUCAAGGUAUAGAUAUUACGCUGCAGGAGUCAGAUGAUGUGGAGAGUCCAAGUGAGGACCUAGAUUAGAUUGGUGAACGUGUUUAAGUUGAGGAGAUGUGGUUGGAAGAAGGACUUUUGAUGUUCUUAGUUUUAAUGCCUUUGAGUUUUAAUUAUAUGUUUGGGUUUAGUAGGACUUAUGGUUUUAUCAG